UUAUCCAUUCACAACCCUAUAUCUUCGAUGUUGUUUCUUGACCGCUCCAUUUUCCCUUCAUUUUCCUUCGCCUAGAAACUUCUCUCUUCCCCUUUUCCUCCUCCUCCUCCUCCACUUCAUCACAACCUCCUUAUUUCCAUCCCCGAUUAUCUCGUUCUUAAUGAUCUUAUCACCUACCAUAUAUCCAUUUAAAUUUCCCCCAAUUUUCCACCUCCUAAUCCCUCCUACUUUCUUCAAUCGCUCCGAUUUCAAUACAUUCAUCGUUGAUUUCAAUGGCGGACGCUGUCAGCAACAUUUCUUUUUCCCCCUCUUUGCGUUGUUCUAAUCAUCUUCCUCCACCAAUUUCCGCCCUUAAAUCCCUCAAUUCUUCUUCCUAUCCCUUGAAUUGGCAACGCCUUUCUGUCAAUUUACCCUCCACCUUGCGGCCGUUUUCGAUCAGCGACUCCAAUAGCCGAAUAAUAGAGUUUACAGAAGCUAGGGACAUCUCCAGGAACUCUGUUUCUCCUACACGAUCUUCGACGAGUGGGUUUCGGGUUCCAAAAGCUCAGAAAUGGUGGGAUAAAGGGUUGCAGCCUAACAUGAAAGAUGUGACUGGUGCACAAGAUUUUGUGGAUUCUCUUUUAAGUGCAGGGGAUAAGCUUGUUAUUGUUAUUUUCUUCUCCCCUGGUUGUGGUGGCUGCAAAGCUCUUCACCCGAAGAUGUGCCAAUUUGCUGAAAUGUAUCCUGAUAUCCAAUUUUUGCAAGUGAACUAUGAAGAACAUAAAUCCAUGUGUUAUAGCCUUGGUGUUCAUGUGCUGCCCUUCUUUCGCUUCUACAGAGGUGCGCAGGGCCGCCUUUGUAGUUUUAGCUGCACUAAUGCAACGAUUAAGAAAUUCAAGUAUGCGCUAGCCAAGCACAACACGGAACGAUGCAGCCUUGGCCCGACCCAAGGGUUGGAGGAGAAAGAUCUUGUGGCACUUGCUGCAAACAGAGAACUCUCAUUCAACUACACGCCUAAACCAGCAGAAGAGGUUCCCAUGCCCAUCCCUGCCACUGUGGGAGGGCUAGGAAUAUCAGAAUUGGAUAAAUCACGUUCGGACUCGGAGCAACUGCCUCUUCCUCUACCUUCAACUUUCCUAAAGAGUGGCCAUGUCUCCAAGGAGAAUGCCUAUGUGGGAUGAAGCUGAUACCCAUAUCGAAACCGUACUACAAGAGCUGUUUGUAAAGGUUCGGGGUAUAUUAAUGAAACCUGGUGAAGUUGGUUCUUUUUUUUUCCUUUUGUUUUCAUUUUCAGUGGCUUGGAUCCCAGCCUGCUGAUUCUUUAGAAUAUCAGCAGCUAGCUGUGUGAUUGGUUGUAUGUAGUCACUUGUUGUUGUUGUUGUACAUGGCUGUAUAAAGCUUCUCUGCAAGAUUCUGAGUUUAAAGUUUUCUGAAAGACUGUAAUUAGUAAAUUGGUGGCAGUCCAAUGAAGAAUCUUGUUGUAAUGAAGUUUAAGAUUUCCAGUUGGAUCA